AUGUAUAUAUAUAUAUAUAUAGAUAUAGAUAUAGAUAUAAAAGGGAAAAAGAAAAAGAGUUACAAAAGCAAAAUAGCAAAGCAAAACUGGAAUUAUUUACUGAUAAAUUUUGGUGUUGCAACAACUUCAAGCAUAAAUGUUUACGUUUUAUCAUCAUUGUUUUUUGUUGCACGAGGCAAAAAUACCAAGCUAAAAAAGUACUAA